AUGGAUGAUUUUAUUACCUUUUUUAUUUGCCCAUCACCGAGGGUGGACUGCAGGUCGGAAACCCGUUCGACCCGACUCUGUACAUGCAAGGGGACCCUCUUCCUCUACCAUGCGCGGUGUCCCAGUAAUCACUUCACUUCUAAUUCUUCCACAGCAUUCGCCACACCACCACCAACAGAGUCAUAUGCACGGCGGACCAUGGGGGCGCUAAUCCGUAGACCGGCGGCGUACCUCCGCACCGGCUUGAAGACCAUCCACCACUUCCGUACCUCAACAGCUCCACAAAUCAAGGAAACCGGUCUAUAUUCCAUCGACAUCUUGAAGACUCCCAAUGGCUUUCGCGGGUUCGUGGACGAAGCCGUCGAGAGGUCUGAUGAACUGGUUAAUUGCAUUUCUCGGAUGCCCUCAUCUGUAGAAAUUAUCCGCGCCAUGGACGAGAUAUCGAACACAGUGUGCUCAGUAAUCGAUUCGGCAGAACUAUGUAGACAUACGCAUCCAGACAGGGAAUUUGUUGAGGAGGCCAUCGGUGCAUCCAUGAGAAUGAAUGAAUAUCUACAUGUGAGGAAAGAUGUAUUAUGGGGUAACUCAGACUUUGAAACACUGAAAGCAGUUUUUAGUGCAACAUGGGUUGAUAUUAUGUAUCAAGAGGUAGAUAUGGUGUGCUUGAUGUGUGCAGGUUACUAUAGUUACUUGUAUGCCAAGUGCUUUGCAGCAACCAUAUGGCAAAAGAUAUGCCAGGAGGAUCCACUAUCAUUAGCCACAGGAUCUGCUAUUAGAACGAAAUUCUUGCAACACGGAGGAGCCAAAGACCCAGCUGAUAUAUUGAACGAUCUCACAGGGGAUGGGAUUCUAAAAUAUCAACACGGGGGUAUAAUUCCAGACACUGCUAGCCUAUUUGAUGAAAUGGAGCUCACGAAAGGUUGGUGA